GUCCAAUCCGAUUUUCCGCUUCGCUCAAAAGCAACGCCCUCGUUAGCGAUACGGUCGCCAUUCGAGCUAGCAGGGAAGGCAACGACGGGAUCGCAGGCUUGCGCUCCGCUCCUACCGGAAAUGAUUGAGCAAGAUUAUGAUUCAACCGACAUAUGGGAUGAAGAUGAUAUUUACCUCGUCGAUAAUAAGGAUUCAAGUGACUCAUCCAUCUUAAACAGGGAGUGGGAAAGGAGGCACAGCCAAUUUCAUACAAUGGGCUUUCGAGACGGCAUUACUGCAGGAAAAGAAGCUUCUGCUCAAGAGGGCUUCAAUCAUGGAUUCAUGCAAUCUGCAUCUGCUGGCUAUAGCUGGGGUUUGGUUCGUGGCAUUUCCAGGCAUGGAACAAGACUCGUAUGACUUUUUUUUUAAA